GUGUGGCCCCUAACAAGUAUAAAAUGCAAAGGUGUUUGGCUUGGCAUAUCAGAAAGAAGGUGAUCAUCAGACAAGAGGUAUGUUUUACCCAUUGAGUGAAUUGCUGCAUGUUUAAAGACUUUAAAACAUGUUAUAUUAUUUCUGAAUCUAUUUCAAUUAAAAAAUACUUAUGAAAAUUGCUAAUUUAAACAUAACUGCAAUCUAUAGAGAGAUGCAAAAUUAAAUUUCAAUGAAUACUCAAUGCAGUCUUUAUAAGUUUUUCAAACUAUUACAUCUUUAAAAAAAAUGUAAUCAAAAUUGUUAAUACCACUUUUUUGAAAAGCAGUGUGCAUCUAAAAUGAUGCAUUAUGGUAUAACAUCAGUGUGGAAUUCUAUCAAAUAAACACAAAAUAAAAUUAAAUAUAAUUUAAUUUUAACAUAAUAGUUAUUUGGCAAAGUGAGCAUUUAUUAUGUAUAUUAUUUUUAAUACUGUGAUAAUUACAAAGAUAGUUGUGUCUGAUGAAAGAAUGGGUCAUUUAGAAAUCUACACAUUACUAAAGGAAAAGGAAAAUAUAUGUAUUUUUUUUAGCAGAAUGAAAUAACUUUUCUGAUAUUUAGACAAAUGGAUCCAAGCACUCAAGACAGUAGGUGAAAGUUUAAAAGUCUACAUGCCAGUUUAUUAAGAUCAUUACAUGUUUACAAUCAUGACUCUAAAUCCUUUUACACAUUGUGUCCUUUUCACAGUUUGCACUUAAAGGACCACUAUAGGCACCCAGACCACUUCAGCUUAAUGAAGUGGUCUGGGUGCCAGGUCCAGCUAGGUUUAACCUUUUUUUCUAUAAACAUAGCAGUUUCAAAGAAAUAUAAAUGGGUUAAUUCAGCCUCUAGUGGCUGUCUCAUUGACAGCCGCUAGAGGGCUUCCGCUCUUCUCACUGUGAUUUUCACAGUGAGAAGACGCCAGCAUCCAUAGGAAAGCAAAGGAGGAGCAAAGCCAGUGCCAAGGGACAUCGGUGCUGAACUGAGGUAAGUGACAGAAGGGGGUUUUAGUUUGUCAAGUUUGUUUUCCUGGCAAUAUAUAGUUUUCCUUUUACAAAAUAUAUAGCCAGUAUCCUCAUUGAAUGUAUGCUUGUUUUAGUAGGGCUUGCUUUAUGUAUACAUAUCUUUUUUCUCUCCUUGUAAGAUGCUGAUGAAUAUGUUGGUACCAUGAAAAUGCUAAUAAUAAUAAUGGGUAUAUUGGUGCAUAUUGCUCUAGUUUGAAACAUUUAAACUGGCAUGAUGUUAUUAAAGGACCACUCUAGGUACCCAGACCACUUCAGCUUAAUGAAGUGGUCUGGGUGCUAGGUCCCUCUAGGAUUAACCCUUUUUUUUUUUUUAUAAACAUAGCAGUUUCAGAGAAACUGCUAUGUUUAUAAAUGGGUUAAUCCAGCCUCUAAAGCCUCUAGUGGCUGUCUCAUUGACAGCCACUAGAGGCGUUUACGUGCUUCUCACUGCGAAAAUCACAGUGAGAAGACGCCAGCGUCCAUAGGAAAGCCUUGUGAAUACUUUCCUAUGAGACUGGCUGAAUGCGCGCGCAGCUCCUGCAGCGCAUGCGCAUUCAGCCGAAGAGGAGGAUCGGAGGCGGAGAGGAGGAGGAGAGCUCCCCGCCCGGCGCUGGAAAAAAGGUAAGUUUAACCCCUUUCCUUGCCAUCCAGCCCGGCGGGAGGGGGACCCUGAGGGUGGGGGCACCCUCAGGGCACUAUAGUGCCAGGAAAACGAGUAUGUUUUCCUGGCACUAUAGUGGUCCUUUAAUGUAUUUUAGUGUAAUAUUAUGGUGCUUGGAUUGUCCUGCAAAGGUUUAUCCAUCCCCAAGUGUCUCUUUGGUGUUAUUCACUAACAGUGAACUGCAGUGUAUUGAAAAUCUAAUUGCAAAACGUAAAGGGACAUUAUAGCCAUCAGAACCGGUACAGCUUAAUGUAGUUCUUCAAGUGUCUAUAGCCUGUCCCUGCAGUGCUGGUACUGUAAACACUGCCUUUUCAAAUAGAAAAGAAAAUGCAGUGUUUGCACUGAUGGCUAGUAAUAUCUCUAGUGGUAGUCACUCAGACAGGCAGACAAGGUGCUUCAUAGUCCAGUGCUGCACAGUUUGCAGCACUGCUGUCCAGCAUCUCUAUGCUCUGUAUGGAGACACUGAAUGCUCCCCAUAGAGAUGCAUUGAUUCAAUACAUUUCUACGAGGAUAUGCUGAUUGGCACAGCAUGGUGUUUUGCUGCACAUGCGCAAUAGCCUCCCAAUACUUUCCUAUGGGAAAGCAUUGGUUUGGCUGAGAUAAUCAAGAUUGAAGAUCUCAGCCAUGGAGGCAGUGAGAUUGGCAUGACAUGAGAGAAAAGGUGAGUAGAAUUACCUAUAAUCUCCACAGAGAGGGGACCAGCCAUUUAAAGAGCCACUCCAUCACUUGUUUAAGUAAUUCAUUUGUAUUCCUUAUACUAUAUUGUUCCUUUAAGCCGGUGUGGCUGAAUUGGAGACAUUUUCCUGUUAAUCUAUUUUUCCAACUUUGCUAGCUAAAAGGGGCACUUUAGUCACCAGAACAACAACAUCUAAAUGUAGCUGUUCUGGUGUCUACUGCCUGUCGCUGCAGGCUUUUUAGUGUAAACACUGCUUUUCAGAGAAAAGGCAGUGUUUAUAUUACUGCCUAGAAACACCUCUGCUCAGCAUACCUACAUUAAUUUGAUGCAUUGCUAUAAGGAAAUGCUGAUUGGCGCCGCAUUUUUAUGCACAUGUGCAAUUGCCUUCCAAUGCAAUGCUUUCCUAGGGGAAAGCAUUGGAUUGGCUGAAAUCGACAACUUUGAUGAUCUCAGCCAUUAAGGCGGAUCUAGCCGAAUUAGGAUCAGCAUGGUGCUGGAAAUAAAGUAAUUAAAACACCUUUUUAACAGGGGGGAUUUAGAGGGUGACAGAAAACUAAGCGAUUUUACAACUAUAGUGUCAGGAAUGCAUGUUUGUAUUCCUGACACUAUGGUAUUCCUUUACAUUUAAAAAGAGUUGAAAAUAUCCAUAGUAUGGAAAUCAUCUCAUAAAAUGGUUGCUAUGUAACAAUUAAAAAUAGACAUAGUACAGCAUUCUUUUGGUCCAGCAUAAGAUGUUGUAUGUUCUUAAAAAUCUUAUUCUUAAACUUGAACUAUGACUGAAAAGCCAUAAUAUUGUUUUUCACUGCAGAUCAUUAAGAAUUUGUACGUACACAACUAAUGAAAGAAACACAAAACUGGCAGAACUUCAUUAUUUCCAAACAAUCCCUCAUUAAUUAGUCAUUCAUGUAUAAGGACGCAUACAAGAAAACAAUUAGGCAAUACAAGAAAAUGCUUUAGGUGAAAUAACCUGUGUGUUGCACAAUUUUAAUAUUGCAUCAUUUCUCAAUUUCUACAUAUCAAAGCUAAGUUUUAACAGAAAGUAAGCUAUCUGAGUGCUGACCAUCUUUGGAAGUAUAUAUAUAUAUAUAUAUAUAUAUAUAUAUAUGAACCAGUUAUUCAGAUAUCCAUGCUUUUUAAGUAAUAUUUAAAUAAUAUUUUAAAGGAUGUACAAAUAAAUCCAAAAACCUAUCCCAUGGGUGUUACCCAAGAGAAGAAGCAUAACAAAGCAUUUUAAUUUUCAGACCGUGUGAAAAAAAAUAGAACAGUAAUUAUUGUUUAUACCAUGCCAAUAUAUUACUCAAUGUUGUACAAAGGGAACAUAGAGAAAGUGCAUUCUAUUAAAAGUAAAAAUGUAUGAAGACAGUAUAUGUCUGUUAAUAUUAUCUGACAAAUAGGAGACGCAUAUGCUGGGAAUUGUGAAUACAAAGAGGACCCAAGUUAGGUGGGACAUUAUAUCUUGUUUUAAUUUUGAUUCUGUGAGAACAAGUAGAUUGAGGCAUAAACAUUGAGAAUUUUAUAGGUAAGCAACACAAUUAUAAACUGAAAAGUCUAAUUCAUCAACACAAAUAUCUCUUCUCUGGGUUAUAAUAAGUUAAUACUUAUUUGCAAAAUAUGUUUCCAAAUCCAUGGCAUACACACAUUCAUUUUUUUCAAAAUGACACAUUUUAUUAUAAGGGGUCACCUCUGUAAUAAGGUUUACACAUUUUGUUUUUUGCUGUAAGACAAGCUUGCAAUGCCAACUAUACCAAGAAAAAGUCGAUGGAUUUAAGUAUUCAACAUGCAGUGAAUAACAGUUCAUGGCCUAGGACAUGGAGAGAUGACAGAAUUGUCUCUGCCAAAAAAGGACCAAUGCUUGCAGGAGAUAUGCAGUUAUAAAGACAUGGAGAGAGUCAGAUAUUCAAAUAAGAAAGUAACGAUAACUGACGUUUGGGAUGACUAGAACAAUCACAAAAUGAUUGGAGGCAUAGGGGUUGUUUUAGUAGUGUCCCAUGUGACCGGUUAAUAUAUGCAGUAAAUACAGUACAGUCUCUCUACUUUACUGCUCAAUGCUACUUUCGUGCUCAAGAGAUUAUGGUGUUUCAAGUGUUUUUAUUAUCGUAACUGCAUUCAGUUUUUUCCACUGUGCAAUCUUCAGUUCCAGUAAAUGGUUAAUUUUCCAAAGCUUCUGACUGACCAGGGACAGAUUUCAGUUUGGUUUUAUAUAUAUAUAUGUGAUAGAGCACCAGUACUGAGUACCUCCUCCAAGUCCGCUGCCUUGCAACUAUCAGGGAACCUGGAGCACUUCAGACCCAGUCGCCGAGGCUUGACUGGGAUUGCUGAGGGCCCUGUCCCCCUAUACCAGCCUACUGGAAUUGAAGUCCUAGGUACCUUUUCAUCAGCAGAGCAAUAAUCAGAGCUCUUUUCCCAAACACCAGAUAACACUUGGUGAAGGUCAAAACAACAACUAACUUUAAUACACACAGCACACAUAUUUAUGCCUCCAACAGCCUUAUUUAAAUACAAUAGGGUGAAUAGAGUACUAUAGUACAAGGAAGGAAGUUUGAACUGGUCAGGCAGUGUCCCUGGAACAAUGGGACAAUGCCAUGUUGGGAAAACAAUAGGACAGGAAAAAGGGGGAGGGAAAAAGACACAUACAACCUGGACAAUCAAUACAUUCAACAUACCCUGAACCAAAAAUGGGCACAUGGUGACCUACAUAUCUACAUAUAGUGUCUGUCUUCCAUCCCCAGUGAUGGUGACUACCAUCACACACACAUAUAUAUAUAUAUAUGUGUGUAUUGAUCAGCCACAAUAUUAAAACCACUGACAGGUGAAGUGAAUAACAUUGACUAUAUCAAUGUCAAGGCACCGGUCAAGGUGUGGGACAUAUAAGGCAGCAAGUCAACAGUCAGUUCUUGAAUUACAUAAAAUAUCAAAAUAGCGAAAAUAUCUGAAUGACUUUGACAAAGACCAAAUAGUGAUGGCUAGACGACUGGGUCAGGAUGUUGCCUUGACCUCAAAACUCCUCAGACCUCAAUCUAAUUGAGCAUCUGGGGUAUUUGCUGAAACAACAAAUCCAAUCCAUGAAGGCCCUACCUCACUUCAAGUAGUGCCAAUUUUUGGUGCCAGAUACAACCGGGGGUGUUCAGAGGUCUUGUGGAGUCUAUGCCUCAAAGCAUCAGAGCUGUUUUGGUUUUAAGGUUGUGGCUGAUCAGUGUAUAUCUACAGUUGUAAUCAAAAUUAUUCAACCCCUAUUGAAAAUAUGGUUUAUUGUCAACCUUUCCAGACUUCCAACUGUUUUUAAUGAACAAAUUUUUAAAAAGCAAUUGAAGUAGGUUAAGACAAUGAGUGCUUCAAGUGGUUUCCCCAAAUUCAAUGGAAAAUGCAACUUAUAAUGAUUUCUCCAGUCUCAAAAUUAUUCAACCCCUUCAUUGCAAGCAAUUAUUAUGUCCUGCUGCAAAUGAGAUGCAUAGGCAGAUACCAGCUUCUGGCAGCGGAUUUCUGAGGAUUCUUAACACAUUCAAUGGCCUCCAGUCCAGUAAUAUUUUUGGGUUUGUGUGCUGCAACCACCUUCUUCAAAUCCCACCAGACAUUUUUCUAUAGGUCUCAAGUCAGGUGACUGUGAUGGCCACUGUAGGAUUUUCAAGGACAUCUUCUGCAACCAGGCCUUGGUGGAAUUUGAGGUAUGUUUGAGUUCAUUGUCUUGUUGAAUGGUCCAAUAACGCGCAAGCUGCAGCUUCCUCACAGACAGCAUGACAUUUUCUCUUAGGAUUCCCACAAGAUUCCAGUGUCAGAGGAUGCAAAGCAGUCAUAAAGUAUCACAUAUCACUUAGCCAUCACCAUGCUCAGCUGUAGGCAGAGCUGUUUUGUCAUUCUUUCUCCAGACAUACAGCUGAUCCAUUGGGCUAAAAAGUUCCAGAUUUGUAUCAUUUCUCCAUGAAAACCCCAAACUUCUGUGGCUUAUUUAUAUGAUUUUGAGCAUAUUGGAGCCGAUCUUUCUUGUACUUUUGGGUCAGUAAUGGAGUACAUCUUGGAGUUCUAACACGGAAACCUUCUGUGUUUAAUACAUGCCUUUCAGCUGCUAGCUAAAACUUCAGCGCUUGUUGCCACCAAGUCUUGCUGCAGGUCUUUUGCAGUCACUCAAAGGUUUUUCACAACCUGCCUUCUCAGAAAUCUGGUUGCAGCCAUUGAUAGUUUCCUUUUUCUGCCCUGUCCAAGUAGUGUAAACACUAUUCCUUCAACUUUGAACUUGUAAACUAUACUUCCAAUGGUAUUUCUAGGAACAUUCAGUGCCUUUGCUAUCUUUUUGUAUCCUGUUUCUUGUUUGUGAAAGGCAAUCAGUCAAAUGUGACACUCAACAAACCCCUAGCCAGUUCCAGUAUUUCAAAUGUUCCAGCUCAAGCACACCUGGUGUAUCUAAUGAAGCCCUGGAUUAGUUGCAGCAGGUGUGCUUGAGACAACACCUGUUUUGCAUAUUUGUGCUGUUGUAAGGAAUUCUAUUCAGAUUGCAUUUCAGUUUAAUUUGUGGAAACUACUUUAAGAAUUCAUUGUGUUGAGCUAUUUAAAUUGCUUUUGUUUGAUGUGUUCAUUGCAAACAGCUGAAAAUAUGUCUGUCUAUCUAUCCACUGCACAAACUCAAAAACUCAGGUAUUGGUGAUUGUUCGCUAACCUGGUUUCGAUCGGAUGUAUCGGAUCGCUCGCAAUAUGUGUCCAUUUCUGACAGCGACUCCCUCCCUCUCCUAGUCAUGUGUGGUGUUCCCCAAGGUUCCAUUCUCGGCCCCCUACUAUUCACAUUAUUUAUAAAUGAUCUGCCUAAUGUCUGCAAAUCCUCAAAUGUACACAUGUAUGCAGAUUACACAGUAAUCUAUGCGAGCAAAUCCAAUCUACCGCAGCUUGCGGCUAUGCUCCAAGACCAGUUUACAGAAGUAGAAAAGUGGAUCGCAAAAAACAAACUCUUCCUAAACAGUGACAAAACUGUCACAAUGAUCUUUGGAACAGUCCCUAAAUUACACAAAUUACACAAUUCCUACCUAUCCAUCAAAACAAAUUCAAAUAGCUCACUGACCGCAGUCCACUCUUUCAAAUACUUGGGUAUGUUGUUAGACCCCAAUCUAUAUUUUGGCCUCCACAUAGAAAAACUUGCAUCUAAACUUUAUCCAAAACUAGGUGCCCUGUACAGAAACAAAUCCUGCCUAAGCCCUACAGUAAAGGAAAAGAUUGUACAGCAAAUGCUGAUGCCAAUCAUUGAUUAUGGGGAUGUAGUAUAUGCAUCUUUACCGCAAUCCCACAUUAAUAAACUCAAAACAUUGUAGAACUCCUUCUGCCGAUUUGCACUACAAUGUAAUUACAGGACCCACCAUUGUGACAUGCUAAAAGAACUAAUCUGGCUGUUGCUGGAAUCCAGAUGGCCCUGGUUAUAUGUUGCAAUGGAUUAAAGUUUUAUCCUUAGUGCCAAAAAGAUAGAAAAUAAGCUUUACUAACAAUGCCUGCAGCAGAAGGAAUUUUUAUUCCUCCUCAUUACAUGACUGAACAUGUUCAAAGAAAGCAUUUGUUCAUCUAUAAAACUUGUACGCAUUUAUAUGGAAAAAUUUUGCAUACCUACUGGAAUAAAUAAGUAGAUUUGACAAAGUAAAAACACUUUAUUUAUUUAUCACUUUAAUGAUUUUAAGUGCCAAAAUGUUAAAUAAAACAUAAUUUUGAAAAGUCAGAGGGAUGUAGAACGCAGAUGGGAAGUCUUGAAUCAAAGGGUUUGUUACCAUGCGUGUGUAAAAAUGGGGCAAUUAUGUGGAAACAUCUUUGAAAAUAGAAAAAUGAUUAUGGACCCAUUUGUAUGGUCUGCAGUAUCUUUUCUUUUGUUUAAUUCCUGUACUUGUUCAUUUCUAAUGUUUUUGUGUGUGUAUUUUCAUUGCCUGUAUGCCAAGAAAAAGGAGUGGUUUUGAGUUCAUUGCCAUUAUAUCUAAACCAUAAGCUAUCUAAGGCCCAGUUUUAUUUAAGCACAGCUAUUUAGUUACUCUUUUGUGCUGUUGUUUCUCUUGAUUUUGAAAGGUACUAGAGGAAGAGUAGUAGAUGGGAAUUAAUGCUGGAAUGUAACUCCAGUGUUAGCAUUUAUCCAUCUAUGAUUAUACAAUUUUAUUGAGGUUUUUUACAGACAACUUUAAUAAAUAUUACAAAUUGCAAACACAUGUUUUGUUUUUACUAGAUUUAUCAUAUUGUUACAGUGUCAAUUUUAUGUAGUUCUUUCCUAUACAGGUGUAAUUAAUUUUUUACGUUAAAAGAACUGUUUGGAUUCGGAGAAGGGUAGGUCAUACCUCCAAUCAUUGAUAGGUAUGGAAUCGAGAUGGGUGUGCAGACUUUUAGGAGAGCAUCACAACUGAUGCAACAUUUAUCACUGAUGGUGCCCAUAAUGAGCUACCUGGGCCAGCCAACUGAAGAGGCAUGUCAGCCUGGCAUCAAGCGUUCCAAACUAACAGACAGCUCCCCGGACUACAAAACGAGUUCUGUGAGUCUUAGUGCCCAUGGGACAUUGUCUAAUUAUCAUUCGCACUUUGUUGCCUGAUGGUUUUACCUCACCUAACACUGGACUAACGCACAUACAAAUGUACAUAAAAACAGGAAUGAUGACAGAUUGUGAGCAGGCCUCUCAAAAAUGACUUCUUCUACUUGGUUCUUUCUGUCAAAGCAUUUUUGGCUGUUUUUACACUUGUGCAUUUGGUUUGAAAUUAAUUUUGGACAUUUGGAGGGUUGUCUGAAUUCUGUAACUCUAAAGCACCAUAUGGUUAAAAUAUGUUUUGUGAUUUGGUGUUCUGCCAGUGUGAAAGAAGAUGAUUUAUUGUUAGGAGUCAGCCACUAAAUAUUGAUUUUAUUCACGGAUCAAGAGAUCAAGUAAAAAGUGACCAAUACAGGAAACUAUACAGGGAGUGCAGAAUUAUUAGGCAAGUUGUAUUUUUGAGGAUUAAUUUUAUUAUUGAACAACAACCAUGUUCUCAAUGAACCCAAAAAACUCAUUAAUAUCAAAGCUGAAUAUUUUUGGAAGUAGUUUUUAGUUUGUUUUUAGUUUAGCUAUGUUAGGGGGAUAUCUGUGUGUGCAGGUGACUAUUACUGUGCAUAAUUAUUAGGCAACUUAACAAAAAACAAAUAUAUACCCAUUUCAAUUAUUUAUUAUUACCAGUGAAACCAAUAUAACAUCUCAACAUUCACAAAUAUACAUUUCUGACAUUCAAAAACAAAACAAAAACAAAUCAGUGACCAAUAUAGCCACCUUUCUUUGCAAGGACACUCAAAAGCCUGCCAUCCAUGGAUUCUGUCAGUGUUUUGAUCUGUUCACCAUCAACAUUGCGUGCAGCAGCAACCACAGCCUCCCAGACACUGUUCAGAGAGGUGUACUGUUUUCCCUCCUUGUAAAUCUCACAUUUGAUGAUGGACCACAGGUUCUCAAUGGGGUUCAGAUCAGGUGAACAAGGAGGCCAUGUCAUUAGAUUUUCUUCUUUUAUACCCUUUCUUGCCAGCCACGCUGUGGAGUACUUGGACGCGUGUGAUGGAGCAUUGUCCUGCAUGAAAAUCAUGUUUUUCUUGAAGGAUGCAGACUUCUUCCUGUACCACUGCUUGAAGAAGGUGUCUUCCAGGAACUGGCAGUAGGACUGGGAGUUGAGCUUGACUCCAUCCUCAACCCGAAAAGGCCCCACAAGCUCAUCUUUGAUGAUACCAGCCCAAACCAGUACUCCACCUCCACCUUGCUGGCGUCUGAGUCGGACUGGAGCUCUCUGCCCUUUACCAAUCCAGCCACGGGCCCAUCCAUCUGGCCCAUCAAGACUCACUCUCAUUUCAUCAGUCCAUAAAACCUUAGAAAAAUCAGUCUUGAGAUAUUUCUUGGCCCAGUCUUGACGUUUCAGCUUGUGUGUCUUGUUCAGUGGUGGUCGUCUUUCAGCCUUUCUUACCUUGGCCAUGUCUCUGAGUAUUGCACACCUUGUGCUUUUGGGCACUCCAGUGAUGUUGCAGCUCUGAAAUAUGGCCAAACUGGUGGCAAGUGGCAUCGUGGCAGCUGCACGCUUGACUUUUCUCAGUUCAUGGGCAGUUAUUUUGCGCCUUGGUUUUUCCACACGCUUCUUGCGACCCUGUUGACUAUUUUGAAUGAAACGCUUGAUUGUUCGAUGAUCACGCUUCAGAAGCUUUGUAAUUUUAAGAGUGCUGCAUCCCUCUGCAAGAUAUCUCACUAUUUUUGACUUUUCUGAGCCUGUCAAGUCCUUCUUUUGACCCAUUUUGCCAAAGGAAAGGAAGUUGCCUAAUAAUUAUGCACACCUGAUAUAGGGUGUUGAUGUCAUUAGACCACACCCCUUCUCAUUACAGAGAUGCACAUCACCUAAUAUGCUUAAUUGGUAGUAGGCUUUCGAGCCUAUACAGCUUGGAGUAAGACAACAUGCAUAAAGAGGAUGAUGUGGUCAAAAUACUCAUUUGCCUAAUAAUUCUGCACUCCCUGUAGGAACAGUAAAAAAUAUUUAUAUAUGAAAUUUUUAAUAUACAUGGUAUAAAUAUAGAUUUUUACAUCUCCUAUUCUUUUUUCUACUAUUGUUUCAUUUUUCUUACUUGACCUGUGAACCAGACUGGAAAUGCAUGCCUAUCAGUGUACUGCAAAAAAUAUACAUAAUAUUUACUUUAUGUAUAUAUUUUGCAGUACACUGAUUGUCCCACAUUCACAUUCUUCUGGUUCAUUUGAAUAGUUUUUCCCAAAAUGAAUGCCAGGUCAAAAUUUGUCUGAUCCUAGAUGUCACUUGGACAAAUUCUGGACCACCUGAACAAAAAAGUGUUUUCAUACAAAUCGAUUUGGUCGAACCAUUUUUUUUCUCUUAAAAAAAAGUCUAGUUGCUAUAAACUUUAUAAUUCUCAUGAUUUAUACCAGAUUAUCUAAAGGCAACAAACAUGUGUAAUAACUGAUUAAUUUCACUUGUAAUUUUAGAAAAAUGGCAAUGGAGCAGCAAACCAGCUCUGUAAUUCAACAAAUACUACAGUCCAGCCAGCAAAAGCACGUUACCUCAAAUGUAAGUAAAACUCUAUUUAUGUAUAUAGAAAAUAACCUAAUUCCUGAGGACCCAAAUUAAACUGCCACUAUUCAUAUGAAGAAAAUAGGUAUGAAACUAUAUUAAUUCAAAACGUCAGUGUUUUUGACAAGCUCUAUUUGGGUUUGUAAAUAUGCUGGUGGCUAGUAAAUCUAAUGAAAUCUAGGUUUGGACUUUCUCACUGGGAUGUUUACCAAAGGGCUGCAGUAUCUGGAGUUGACCUGGCUUCCAGGUGAUAAUGAGAAUGUAUAUUAUCUCUAGAUGUGUUUGUAUCAAUUCUGAUAAAAUUAAUAACAGAAAGGAUGCCAAUGGUGCUAAUGGAGUGGUAGAAACCAGUCUGCGUCUGUAUAAUUGUCUAUGAAUGCUGUGUGCGAAAAGCCGUAUUAAUGUAAGUUGAUGGAAAAUAUGAUGUCACACCUUACAACUCCAGAAUCCUCCUUUUGGCAAGUUUAUAUUUGGCAUCCGUGGCAUAAGCAAGACUAUUUAUGCAAAGAUCUGUGUGUUUCAUGUGCAAAACAAAAGUCCUUUCAUUUGUUGACCUGACCAUAAUAAUAUCCCACUAUUUUCAUUAAUUGUCAUUAUAGGAGUCAGCGCAGGAUAGUUCGGGAUUUAAACCUCGUCCAAAAUUUGAUGCUUCUCAAGAUGUCAUUGCAUUGGAAAAAGCCAUCAAUUCCAAAGGUAAGUUAUUAACUAUAUUUUGUAUUUGUUCAGCGAUAAUUUAAGUACUCAUUUACAUAUUAUAUUAUAUGUCUACCCAACACAUCAUUAAGUGUGAAUACAACUGUUAAAAAUGUGAAAAAAUUAAUUUCACAUUUUUGCUUAUAAUAUUUUUUACACAUCUAGUGCAACUAAAUAAAAACUCGAAAUACAUUCACAUACCAGUACUGAUUGUUAAAUGCCUAAUAUGUCUAUGAUAUAAAUACAUUUCUAUAUAUUAAUGCUAACCCAAAACCAAUCCCCACCUAAAGCAACACCAGCCACACACUUAAACCUAUGCAUACACUAACCAUAAAUCUAAUCUAGCCUUACUCUUAACCCUACACUAUCCCUUUUAUAUAUAACAUAUGUAUUAAAUAUAUAUACACUAUUCAUAGCCCUCAGAGCAAUAACUCAGCAUUAUAUUUAUACUAAUCCUAUACUAACCCUAACCCUACAGAAAAAUGUAAAUCUAAGCAUAACCCUACCACAACACUAACUCUAAUCAUGCUGUAACCCAAAUUCUAACCCUACCACUAACCUUUAGGAAACUCUCUGUGAAUAUCAGUACUAAUAUCAGCAGAUGGGUUUCCUAGGUAAGACAUAGAGUGGAAAACAGAGAAUACACAAAAUACAAUGGAUAAAAAGUGGAUAAAAAGUGGCUACACUUAUGUGAGGGAUCCCCUUAACCCCCACAAUGAAAUCAAACACACAAGAAAAAUAUAAGUGGAGCUCUGGUAUACCUGAAUAAUAAAAUUGGAGAUGGGUGAAGAUGAUAAAAUAGCAAAUACAAAUCUGUAAAAGAUGCAAAAAAACAAAAGGAAAUAUGGGUGAAAAAUUUCCAACUCGCAAGGAGAGAGCCAAUAGGUUGCCUGGCUCUUGUGUAUAGUGCCUUUGGAUCCUUAAGGGAGAUUCACAGCCCUCUUCUGUGUCUUUAAAGCCCAGAUAGUUGUCAGCAGGUAAAGGCAGGAAACUUGAGGGUGUUAGUAGAUAGACAUAUUUAUUGGUACAAAUAAAAAAAAAAUCUGAUCAAAAUACUUAAAAAUCAAUAAAGUGUUCAGUCCAAAACAAGUUUCGCCAUAAGCACUCCUCUUUCGACCUAUUUUUAAAUGAUUUUAUAUGUUUUUUUCUUCUAUAUUUUUUAUGAAUAUGUAAGUUAUAUUAUAUAUUCUAUUGUGGACUAAAUGGAACACACAUGCGAUCCACCUAUAAUUUGGAAACUAUCUGAUGGACAUCUCCAUCUAAAAAUACGUCAGUGGAACGCAGACAUGCAUUCCAUAGAGAGAGGGGAAGUAAUAACAUCAAUAGAAACACAAGUUGCAUUCCACUGAAUCAAGUGAUCAGAUGAUGGACGGAACGUGCGUUCCAGUAGACGGAACGUGCGUUCCACAGGUGGAACUUCCGGAAAUCACAGAUGCUGGUGAUUUUGCAAUCAAGAUGGUUUAAAAGACGGAACCUUAGGUUAUACAGUAUUUACCAACUGAGGAAGCCAGAUUAGGUAAAAAAAAGUCACCUAAGUCGAAGGGGUCAAAGACUUAUUUCACUCAUUGACAUGAAAAUCAAUGUUUUACUUUUUUGACCUGCGUUUUUCUUUUUUUUUUUUUUUUGUAAUUCUGUCUCUCACUGUUAAAAUACACCUAUCAUUAAAAUAAUAGACUGAUCAUUUCUUUGACAGUGGGCAAAUAUUCAAAAUCAGCAGUUUUUUUUUUUUUAUGAAGGAUCUGUUAGUGUAUAUGAGGUCACAUCAUAGCAACGUUCACAAGAUGGACGUACACUGAUAGCAGCUUUGGUUUAGUUGUCAUCUGCAAGGGCAGCAGCCUCAUUCAUUUUCCAAUGAAUAGAACUACAUGCCAUAUAAACAUUUGUUGUGUGGAUGAUAAACAAUGGAAGGCUAAGAUUCACUGACAGGCUCAGCUUUUUCAUAGUUUUGGGCAGAACUCACUGUAGGAAGCUGCAAAUCCUGACAGGUAAGUAUCCUUUUAUUUUGAUCAAUUGUUUUGCAUAUUUUGUCAUACUUUAUCUAUGAAAUGAUACUUUAAAUGUGACUAGGUUUAACAAGGAUUUUAUUGUAUGUUGGUUUUAAAAAAUGAAUAUGCUCAGUAAUAGAUACACUUGCUUUAGUUAGUAUUUUACAAGUUAAAGUUUUAAAAAGCUUUCACUUCGGUAUUCUACCUAUACCUCCCUUAAUAUAGCUGGUUUAAAGAGGACUGGUAGACUUUUUGUGGAACGCGUAUUACACUGUGAUAUGACACUUUCUAGCCUUUGCUAUACAAAUAAUAAAUGUUGAUCACAACAAACUGUAACUGAGAGUUAACUUCCAUAAUCAGUUUGCAGCUUGCUUGUGGCAGCUCCACAGGAAAACAAGGAAGGAAAUAAAAAAAACCUCACUGUGUAUAUUGAAUACUACUCUAUGUGAAGUAUUUUUAAAAUGAAAAAAAAAAAAAUGUAAAAACGUAUGGUUGGCGCUUAAUUGGGUGAAAUACUCUAGGCCAUCUUGAUAUUGCUCUUUCCCGUUUCUCAUUUUACUUUUAAUGCCACUCUUUCAAUAUCUACUUAUUUGGUACCUUAUCCUUUCUACUCCAUCUUCAGUUGGAGUAUCUCAAAGUUAUUUAUCUGGAUAUUUGCUCGUUUGAAGUUUAAUCUCAGAAAAACUGAUUUAUUUUCCUCUCCGUAAUUUCAUAAUAAUUUAAUGAUCUACAACACAAGCUUACUUUGUUGAGGCUGACUGUGCCCUCUGUUUACAUGCACAAAUCCAAUCAACACAGUCAGUCUUAUAACCUUUUACAUACCUUAUACUUACUUACAUAAACAAGGUUUCUUAAUUACCUUGUUCUAUUACACAAUGUAACCAAUAUUCUUGUUCUUGCACUCAUUCUAUUGCAAUUUGUUUUUACCCAUCUCUUUUGCAAAAUCUUAGGCUUAUUUAGCUUUUUCUUUCUGUACCUGUCAUAGAAACAUAGAAUGUGAUGGCAGAUAAGAACCAUUCAGCCCAUCUAGUCUACCCCAUACUUUCAUUAGUCCCUGAGCUUAUCUUAUAGUUAGGAUAAGGCUCAUGCCUAUCCCACGCAUGCUUAAACUCUUUUACUGUGUUAACCUCUACCACUUCAGCUGGAAGGCUAUUCCAUGCUUCCACUACCCUCUCAGCAAAGCAAUACGUCCGGAUAUUAUUUUUAAACCUUUGCCCCUCUAAUUUCAGACUAUAUCCUCUUGUUGUGGUAGUUUUUCGUCUUUGAAAUAUAGUCUCCUCCUUUACUGUGUUGAUUCCCUUUAGGUAUUUAAAUGUUUCUACCCGUCUCGUCUUUCCUCCAAGCUAUACAUGUUAAGUUCCUUUAACAUUUACUUGUAAGUUUUAGCUAAAUAUGGUUUUUAAUGUUUGUUUGUUAUUUUUUUUAUGACAGCAUUAACAUAGAACAAUUGAGUAAUUCAAACAAUGAGGCGCGCAGGCCUCCAAGAAUGUUAGGAACUGUUGGUAGUUAUUCUUAGUAUGCAUUGGACUCGCAGGUCCGCAGGUCUGCUUGAGUUAAACAUUACAGUUUUGAAUCGUAUUUCGUAAACCAUUAGUAAUAACAAGUAUUCGUCUGUGCGUGUGCGGUGGCUUUAUGAGGGAUGAAGUGUCCUCAAUGAAUUUUGUAAAUGUGAUUGGUAUCAGUUUGUGUACUUGUCCAUCAUAGUGUGAUGAGGUAUAAUGUUUACUGUUGUUGUUUACAUGUAAUUCCACAAUGCAUGCAUAUGAGACAUAUAAGCCAACAGGUAGUGAGACACGUAGGUCUCUGAGCAGAUUGCUAUGAUUGGUACAUUAAGAUCGUUCAUAUAGAACUCGCAGGUCCUUCAGGUUAUGUUACGCUAUGUUCAGAUCGGGUGUAUUACCUCUCAUAAUGGUUAUAUUAACUGGCAGUAGGUGGUUGGUGGUUUUGUGGUGUGCUCCUAUUAUGUUUGUAUGGUCAUGGUCAUCAUUCGAGUGUAUUCAGAUUUCCAUAACGACUCUUUUCUGGAGUAAGUGAGCAUGCAUGUCGUGAGAUGUGUUGUUCGCCUAUGUGGUCGAUUGCUGUGAAGAUUUUGUUGGUGUCGGAGGCGGAUACUUAGGUCUGUUAUAUCUCAUUCCCGGUUUGUCAGUUAUGCCGCUUAUCUAGAUUGAUAGACAGGGUAACCCGUUAUGAACAUGUUGUUGUUUCUCAUGGGGUUUUCUGCCCAGCUUUGUGUGAGUGCGUAUGUUAGCUGUGUCAACCACAACGCGUGUGUGUGGUGGUAUCAGUAUGUCGAAUCGAGUUUGUGCUUGUGUGUUGUAUGUGUGUUUGAGAGAGUGUGUGCAUAAAGUGUAUAGUCUAUUCGUCUACCUAUUGUCUCGUAUUGUCCUUUUGGCGUGGGGAGUACUCCUGUCAAAGGGUAUGUGUGUCUCAGUUGGGGGGUGCAGUCGUAUUCUGAGAUGUUGUCUUAUGUGUUGUGGUUAGGUGUAGGUAUGUCCGUUCUCGUCUGCUGUCCCCUCAAGUAGUGUGUAUACUAGGGGUGGGUGUCUUCCCCGUUGUCAGCAUCUUUUCUGGCCUUACUAUGAGGUUAUGCAUGGGACAAGGGUGUAUUUUGUAUUAUGGCAGUUUGCUGAUGUUGGUGAAAAGUGUAUGUGUAAGAAGUUGGGUGUGAGGAGGAAGGGUGGGGUAGGAAGGGGUGCGCUGAGAGGUAUGGUAUGGGGGGGAGGGUGUUGGGUACUCUCCCUCAGUCCCGUUUUCCCCGCCAGCUGCACCCCCCAAGCUCCGCCCCACCAUGUACAUUAUCCACGUGUUUCAUGAGUGUAUCCAUCAGAGUUGCAUGUGUUUCUUCUGCAGAUCUGAUGUCUUCCACUCUGGUAAGCCAUUGUUCAACUGUGGGAGGUUGUGUUUGUUUCCAGAGGUAGGUAUUAACUCCUUGGCUGCUUCUAGAAGAUGUCGGAGGAUAGACCGUUUGUAUUUUGAGAGUGGUUCUUGUGUAUGGUGGAGAAGUACAUUUUCCAUUGCUAGUUGUAUUGUGUCUCCCAGGACGUCUUUGAUGCAAGAUAUGAUUUGGUGCAUUCAUACCAGAUGUGUUUCACCGUUCCGACAUCCGUCUCACAUCUCAGCAUGUCGCUGGGGUGUUGAGGAAUAUUUUGUGGAGAAGGUCUGGGGUUCUGUACCAGAAUGGCAGUAAUUUAUAGUUCAUUUCUUGGUAGUAUGAGCUAAUUGAGGAUUUGUGGUGGAGGACUUGAAUUUUUUCCCAUUGUUUGUCUGUGAAUGUCCUGUCUGUAAGUCUUUCCCAUUUAUGCUUGUAUGGUAGGGUUGCCGUUUGUCUGUUAUCAAGUAUUGAUAUAGGGCCGAUGUGGCUUCAGAACAGUCGUCUUUUUGUCACACAUCUCUUCCAGCCAUGUGAGGGUUCUGUGCACUGUGGCUCUGUCCGGUAAUGUGUGGUAGAAGUGUGUCAGUUGUGAAUAUAUAUAUCUUUGCAUGGGUGUCAGCGUGUCCUCUAUGAGUUGUUCUAGGGGCAUUAGUCCAGUGGAGUUUAGUGUUUUGUGGAGUGAGAUGAAGUCCUCUUCUCUCAGGAAGCCCCAGGCUCUGGGUGGUAAUCCUCCCCCUAGUAAUUGGUUAUCCAUCAGAGAGAUCAUCGGGCUAGGUGUAGUAGAUAUGGCUGCCGUUUUCCUCAUUGUAAACCAUGUCUAAAGGGUUUGGUUUGCCAGGGAGAGUUUGUUUGGGUCAUCCAGCGCUGGUGUUCUCGUAUUCCAUAAGGAGGUAAAGAUGGGUUUGGGUUGUGGGUUAGUGUGCCAUUCUAGGAUCCUCUGUAGGUCUGUUGCGUGAUGGUACUUCCGUAGGUCAGGGAGCGCUAAUCCGCUGUUAUUUCUGGUCCGGCAUAGGAGUUCAUAUCUCAGUCGCAGCCUAUAGCCCCUUCAUACGUAGGUCAGGAAUGCUGCUUUCAGGGAGGCGAAGAAACCCGUCGGUAGCGAUUGUGGGAUCGUGUGCAACAGGUAUAGUAGUCUGGGCAGUAUAUUAAUUUUAAUCACCGCUAUGCGGCCUAACCAGGAGAUGUGUGGAUAGUUCCACUUCCGUAAGUCUUGCUGGAUUCGGGUGAGGAGUGAGAUGAAGUUUGUCUGAUAUAGGAUAUUUGGGUCCGUUGUUACCCAUGUAUCUCAUUUGGGACUGACACCACCAGAAGGGGAAGGUGGACGCUAUAGCUCUGUGUUCUCUCAUCGGGUCAUUUAUAUUGAGGAGUUUGCAUUUACUUAGAUUAAGUUUGAGACCUGAUAGGUGCCUAUAUUCUUCGAGUUCCUUCAUUAGGCAUGGCAGGGUGAUUCGUGAUUGUGUGAUGAAAAAUAACAUAUCAUCCGCAUAUGCGGCAACCUUGUGCGUGGUGGUUUUCCAUUUGUAUCCCAUGAUGUUGAUAUUCCGUCUGAUCGCUUCUAACAGGGGUUCCAGCGUUAGAGCGAACAACAGUGGCGACAGGGGACAUCCCUGUCUCGUGCCAUUCCGAAUUAGGAAGGAUUCUGUCAGGGCUUCGUUGACCGGUAUUGUUGCAGUCGGGUUGCCGUAGAUUGCUCUGAUCCAGUUCAAUAUAGUUUCGGUGAAGGAAAAGCUCAGAGAAACCUCAUUAGAUUGCCCUUUGCUUAGUCCCGGCUUGGGUAUUAAAAUUUUUUUUUGUAUAAAAUAACCUGCAUAUGAGUAACGUCAUUAAAGAAUGAUGUAUUAUUGAAAGGUCCUGCAAUAUAAAAACUAAAACUUUGACUUGUUUUUGUGAUUUGUAGAGGUAGAUGUUGGAACAAUUAUUGAUAUUAUAACUAAAAGAACAAAUGAACAACGCCAGACUAUUAAAGCUGCCUACCAAGAAAAAACAGGAAAGGUAAUCAAGCAAUUUUUUUUUUAUAUCUAGAUCAAAUGCAAAUUACAUGACUAAUGCUGAAUUUUUAUUACAAAAUUAUUUUACCUCUAGAAAAUACAUAGGCUAAAUAUUUCUAUAUAGCAAACAAUAUUCAGAGAAUGGUAUUCUUGAGAAAUCCCAGGUGUAUGAAUUUUCAUAAAAUAUAAAAUUUCUAUCUAACGUUUAAUGUAACUAUAAUCUGUUCCUUCUUCUCAGUCAAAAAUUCUGAAAAUGUGCAACAAAAAAUAAUUCUCCCCCCCAAAAAAAUAUAUUUUUAAGGUGCUCAUGUUCCACCAAAUCCACUCCAAGAUAACAGCAUGCACUGAGAAAGUUCAUUCCCAUUAAAAGCACAACCAUUUAAUUUUUGAAAUUUUAAAAGGACAUUAUAAGGACCAAAAAAACAGAAGCUUAAUGAAGCAGUUUAAAGUCAAGUAUGAAGUCAAGUAUAUAUCAUGCCCCUGCAAUCUCACUGUUCAAUCUUCUGCCAUUUAUGAGUUACAUAGUUACAUAGCUGAAAAGAGACUUGCGUCCAUCAAGUUCAGCCUUCCUCACGUAUGUUUUUUCUGUUGAUCCAAAUCACAUUGUUUACACAGUCCUAGUCAAGCCUUCCUACAUGUGAGCUGCACAACCUUUCUAAACUCUAAUGUUUAAACUUCCUUUAUUGCACAUUCUGUUUAAUUUAUAACUUUCUAUCCUCUGCACUGUCAAACACCUUCUAGAGCCUGCAAGAGCCUCCUGUGUGUGAUUAAAGUUCAAUUUAGAGAGCAUUAGAUACAAACUUCUAAAGCAAGUGCAUUCACAGUCAGGGGACUAGGGCUGCAUGGGCAGAAAACAUGAGUGAUUUUACUCCUAAAUGACUAAAUUAGAAUUGAGCAGUACACUAAAACUGCUUCAUUAAGCUAAAGUUGUUUUCUUGUCUAUAUCCCUAUUUGUCCAUUUCAUGAGUAAGUAUUGAAUACUUAUGUUUUUGUGAAAAUAACCAUAAUAGUUACAUACAGCAACCCCAGCAUAACCGCAAAUAUGUUUGUCUGUGUGCAAACUGUCGUACAAAAUGUAGCUGAAAUAGUCGAGUUGAAAAAAAUAUCUGAAUUAGAUACCUUUUCCAACUCUACAAUUGUAGGUUACAUUUUAUGGCACAGUUUCAAAUCACCACAAUUUUUUCAUUGGAUACAAGAUCAGUGUUUCCCAACAUACAGCUAGAGAAUCUCAUGAAAGUUUUAAUGAUAUAAUUUGUUCUGUACACAUUGCUUCAUGUGUCUUUCUGUCAUAUUGGUUGGUCUUAAUGCAUUGAUCUCUAUAAAAUGUGAGGACUGAACAACAGUAUUUCAUUUAUUUUUCUAUUGUAUCCUUAUAAUCAUUUGUAUAAUAUAAGACUGUAUUUUGCAGGGCAUUUUUACAGACUGCCUUAUUUUUACUAUUCUGAAUCUCACAAUUUCAAUAAUUCUGAUUUACAGUCUUUGGAUGAAGCACUAAAGAAAGCCCUCUCUGGCCCACUCAGAGAUAUCAUUCUUGCUUUGUUAAAAACUCCAGCUCAGUUUGAUGCAGAUUCUUUGAAAAAUGCAAUGAAGGUAAAAAAAACAUUAAAAAAAUGUAAGAUUCCAAUAGAAGGGAGAGAUUGUUCUGAUGUUACUGUGUAAAUAAACACUCUAACAUUGAAGUUGAAGUAAAAAAUAGAAGUUGUUUUGAUUACCCUCUCAAUAAAGAUGGUAGUCUACCCAGUGACUAAUCUUUAAAGCAUCACCAGCUCUGUAUACUUGGUUAUUUAGGACAGUACAUAACAAACUAUUAAUAUACUCCUAUAGCUGCACUGUCUCAGCCCUUUUGUAACUGAUGCUGGUUCCCAUAUAUACCACUAUAAGAUCUUAAAGCAUAGGCUUUAUCUAGCCAUACAGAUAUCUUAGCCAUAAUAUUAUAUAGUAAGUAAGAGUUCCACUAUUUAAAAUAUAUAAAUAAUUGACAGUAGAAAAUAAAAUAAGGAUUUAUUACAAGCAAUAAAGAUUUGUCUUUUAAAAUAUUUUAUGAAAUAAAAAUAUAAAUAUAGACAUAUAAAACUUAAUAAUCCAUUACAAUAUUUUAUAGCAGAGCUUAUAAGAGUAAAGUCUAUGUUUGCAAUAUCAAUAAAAUAGAAUAACAUACUCUCUUGAACAAGUCAACCUCUCAGUCAUGAUAAAAUAGAGCAACGUCUCUGCAUCCAAACUUUUCUCCUCUGUGUCGAAUAUUAACACGUACACAUAUUUAUACCAUAGAUUUUCAAUUAGAUCAUGUUAGGACCUACCUUAGCUUGGCAAAGAUACAAGGCCAUAAGUUGGUCAUUUCACAUGGGAACAUCUUAAUCAGUCUAUUGCCAUGACCUAGACAUCUUAUCAAUGUUUAGACUAAAACUAAAGGUGUACCAUGACAUGGGAAAUUCCCUGACUUGUUCUUAUAUUAACAUAGGACAAAAUUAUGUCCUGAAUAUGGGUAAGAGGACAUUUAUUAAAGAAACCUUGUAUGAUAAUCAAUAUGUUCCAUUUCUAACAAAUUGAACAUUUGCAAAAUCUCUUAAAGACAAAGUACACAGUUUAAGACAUACUUUUCUUUCUAAAAACUUGUAAUAUUUAUAAUAUGCUCAUAACACUUUUCCCCUUCCUUGUGCUGUGAAAAGUAUUUUCUUCGGGAAAACUUCCUUUUCAUUUAGCUUACCUUAGCUAAUUUUUAUCUCCAAGAAUACACAGCCUCUCUCCACUUUCCAGUAAGUAUCCCCAAUAAGGAGUCAGCUUCCUGAUGGAAAGAAUACCCUUUAAGGUGGAAUGUCAGCAUGGUAGCAUUAGCUGGGCAUAGUAGCCACUGUAACAGCCCUGUAUGUAUAGUAUUUUGCAUGGAUGGAGCCGGUUUUACCUAGGAGACUCUACGCUUUACCUAGAAGGCUGUAUUUUAAGAGAAGUUAUUUUUUGUCACUUGUGCAUAUGAUUUGGCUCUCCUGUAUAGUUUAAAUGUACACACUGGUUAUUGUUUGCCACUGUUCACCCACUCUUUUCCAAACAUUAAUAUGCCUAUACCUCUUUCAGUUUCAGGAGCUGCCUAGCUUCUCAGCCUUCCACCAGUGAAACAGUACCACCUCACAACCUAAUACUUCCACAUAUAGUAGGGUUUAUAAACAUGUAUGGAACAAGUGUAAUUAUUUUAGUUUACUGCUGUGAUGCAAGGGUGUAAAUCUACAGGUGAGGAUGUUUGAAAAGAUUGGGCAAAUGUGGCUUAGGCAGUUGAGUUUAAAAUAAGCAAAUGGACAUAUUUGAAAUACAGAUCGUAUUAGUCUUGUUUAAACCAGACAUUUUUACCAGAAUAGAUGAGUUGGCGUUGCAUUAAAAUUGACUCCACGAUCUAUAUUUGCUUAACUUCCAGUUUGGGGUGUAGUUAUCAUAAUUCUUUCUCAGUUAACUAGUUAGUGGCUAGUUAACACAGACCAAUGGGAAUGCUGAUUUACUGAUUGUUUUUGCUGCUCCUUUUUUUCAAUCAGGGACUUGGAACAGAUGAAGAAACUAUUAUUGAAAUUAUUGUUUCAAGAAGCAAUCAAGAAAUAAAACAAAUUAAGAAGGUUUACCAAGAAGGUAGUAUUUCAACACACAAAUGUGGUCUGUUCAUAAAGGUCUGAUUAAUGAUCAGCUAGUUAAAAGUUAGAUUAAAUAUCAAAUCUUGAGAAAAGCCACUGUUAAUUGUUUACCAAAUCAUUUGCAACGUCCCCUAUUGCAACCAACCUACAUUGUCCAAUUCAGGUCUGUUUGGAUAUUGUUCAAAAAUAUUUGACUUGCUAUAGAGGAACUCAGCUACAUAACAUUAAAGGCAUAUCCGUAAACAAGUAACAAUAGGCAGACCAAAUUGCAUAGAACCAGAAUACAUUAAAGGUGGCAACUAGUAAAUAAACAUACAUAUAAGGUGAAAGCAUAGACUUGGGGAAGUAAAGAAAACAAUAUAAACAAAUAAUUUUAAUCAAGAUGGGGUGUCUAAGGCCAAAUGGAAACGGGAUUUUAAAUAAAUAGUGUUUAAGAUAUUUAGAAAAAAGGAGAAUAGGCAAAACAGGAGGAAACAGAUGGAGAAGAAGGGAAACAUGAAUUUUGAAGGUGAGAUUGGUAGAAGAAUGGAAAAAAUAAAUAUAGUAAAGUGAAGACAGAAAGAGAUUUGCAAAUUGAAUAAGAAAUGUAAAAUACAGUGGGUUGUACAGGGAUGGAUUAGCAUGGGUUUGCAGAAAGACAGAAACGGAGGACAGUGAGAGAGAGAUAUUUGUUAUAUGUGCGUGAAAAGAAAAUAGAAGAAUCAAAGAAGACAGUAUGUUUUUUUGGAGGACAGGGGAUUGUGAUUGGUGGGAAAGAAUUGCAAUGGAUGAAAGAAAUAUAAAAUAGACAGUGGGGGUCAGGCAAUGAAGGAAACUAGCUUUGAAUAAAGUCAGAUCAUAAAUACAAAGAGAUGGUAGAUAGAUGGAUAGAUAGAUAGAUAGAUCAAUAGAUAGAUUUUAAUAAAUCAGCAAAAUUACAUUUUAAGAUUCUAUGACUGUAUCAUAACGUUGCUGUGACAGGAACUGAAUGAUUGUGUCCAUUGUUAUACAUAAAUAGGUACAAGGGUUAGUGAUUAGAAUUUCUGUUUGUCUUAGGACAGUGCUUGGGCAUAUUUAUCUUGGCCUGUUUAGGGAUCGCCCUCCUGGAUAGCAAACUCUUUUAAUUUCUGAUUUCAUAAAUUUUGCUCCCCUUCUGGUACUUACUGGGUAAACCUUGCUGUGCCUCUUUCCCUAGCACCUCCCUCUGUAUGUUAGUAAGAGUAGAGGGACUGAAUUAAUGACUAAAGACAACAACUGCAAAAGAUGGCUGCUACUAUUGAAAGGGACUGCCAUGGAAAGGCCUAAAUUGAUUUGCUGCAUUUAUCAGCACAUUAUCCAAGAAAUGACCAAAAUAUGUGUUUGCUCCAUCUGGAAUUUACACCAUUGAAAUAAAACUGAAAAUCAUUUAUAACUCGUGUUAUUUUUUUUUUUUUUCAUGAAAAGCACCAUUUUCAUUUAAAUUUAUAUUAAAGAUUAAGAGAAUGACUUCAUAAUCCAGUUUAGAGAAGGCAAAGCCAGGGUAAACAUUGCAAACCAGGAGGAGGAAUACAAACAUUGUUUCUUUCAAUUUGCCUUGUCUCUAUUUGCUGUGGUUUGCAGAAGCCUCUUACUGUAAUUCAUAUAGCUUAUAUUAUUUGAUAUUGUUUUAUGCAUUGCCAUUUAUCUAAUUAUUUGUUUUGGUCAUAUUAUUUCUGUAUAUCUUUUUCUGUUGUGUUAAUAUAUUCCUCAUAGUUAGUGAAUCUGUAAAUGAAUAAAGUAAAUGCGUUGAAUAAAUCAAUUUUCUUAAUUGUUUUCCUUUUCAUUAUUUAUCAGAAUAUAAAACUGAUCUGGAGAAAGACGUUAUUGGAGAUACAUCUGGAGAUUUCCAAAAGAUUUUGCUUGCUUUGCUUAAGGUACCGCCACCUAAUAUAUAGCAGUGAUUAUAGAUGUUAACUUUUUUUUUUCAGGAGAACUGAUUAAAUGUUUAGGUAACACCUGAAAGAGGAACUGUUACUUUUUACUUGAUUGACAGGGAGCAAAAAUGGAGGCACCCAGCUGCGGGAUUAAGAGAUGUGGAUUUCUAUGCUUUAUUUUAUUUUUCACGUCUCAUACAUACGUUUGUUAAAUUCAGAGAUAUGUAAACCUAAUAUUAAAAAUCCUGGGGGAUGACAGCUCCCCUUUAACUCCAAUAUUUUUUCAUAUAUGUUUAUGUAUUUUGCAGUAUAAAAAAAAAGUCCAUAAAUCAUCACUCACCCUCAUUUAUACUCUAGUUAUGAUUGAGAGUCGGUAGAGGAAUACAUUUCUCUUCCAGAAACCACUAGUCACUGAUAUAAUGCCGGUAAAUUUGCUCAAAAUGUAAGCUCACUCCCUACUUCUAAACCGUACAGGACAUUAUUCUUACAAUCAGGAAAUGAGGAGGAUGAAUGUUCUCUACCAUUUUUACUCAGUAGUACAUUAGCAUUUUAGAGACUGAUAAAGAUUGCUAUAGCAGUUUUAAAUACUGUUACCAUUUCCAGUAAUCUGUACUGCCAGUAAUGCAUUCAGGGUCCUUGCAACUACCUAUGAGUAAGGCAUUUGAUUGGUUUUUCUUAUAUCUACUGUAUGUGAGUAAAACCUGGGGUGUCAUCAUUCUGACAUCAAUUAAAUGAAUACAAAAGAGCUGGGUAAUAAUGCGAUAUAUGCCCCAGAGUAUACUUGAGAACUAGACGUUUUCAACCUUUAAAAAGUAUUUAAUAGUAAAGUAAUAAGAAUACCAUAUCAAUUUGUUAAUUUCAGGGAGAACGCAGUGAAGACAGUUACGUGAAUGAGGAUCUUGCUGAUAAAGAUGCAAAGGUAAAUUGACUGUGUUUUGUAGCAACAUGGAACAUGCUGAACAUGUUUAUGUCUUGAGAUAUAUAAAUAUAUGUUAAAAGGCCAUUUGGCCUGAAAUUGUGGGAGGAGUUAUGGCCCUAUUUAAACAAGACCAGCACGUCCACAUAUUUUACUAUUUCCCACAAUAGGGCCUAAAAACGCGGGGAUAGGCUCCCUUCAUUAUACUUACCCAUUCGUGCAUAUUUACCCGUUCGUGUACUUCUGCGGUUCGUGCGGCCGACCGCAGAGUACACACACCUUCGUUCUUUCGCAUAACUAAACUGCCGACCGCUCUAUCAUACUCACGUUCGUCAAUUAAUUUGUAUGGUUAAACAGCAGAUUCAAUGUACAUGGCUUUCAUUUAGUCUUUCGUGCGGUCCAUUAAUCGACCGCAGGUAUUUCUUUUCGGCUUACAGUCCUCUCCAUUCGUUCAUUUCUAGCCGAACGCAGGAGGCUUUAAAGUUUAAAUUCACUAAUCUGUUAUUAAUGUAUUUUGUUAUGUCAUUCGUUUAAACAAAAGAACUCAUCUUCCAUAUUUUCUGCAUCCUAUAUUAAUUUGUGUGUUAAGCAUAUGGCUCAUCAGUUACUACUAGCAAAAUAUUUAAUCUGUUUCACUAUUCCUUGGCUAUGGUCAUGUAAAUUUAUGGGACACUUAUUUUACACAGGGGAAACCUUCUUAAAGGCACGGUCAGGCCAUAAUCACUUAAUAAGUAAGGUAUAUUAAAAAUACACCACUCGGCACCAUUAUUUACUCUCGCUGGAACUUAGUCUCUCAUAUUAUAAAUUCAUUUCCUCUCCCUAAUUCCCCAAACUAGUUUUUCUACGUAACUACGUUCGCUCUGUUACACUACGUCUUUAUCUUUGUCUUGGCAUAUUAUAGGUUAAGCUCUAACGGUUCCCUUUCACCAGGGUCAUUACAGACCAUAAGCGUGAUUGCAAAAUCUCUGUUUUCCAAAAAAUAUUAUAUACUGGUUCAUUAUACUUAGUAUGCGUAUGUUUUUAGGCUCUACUACAUUUCCUUCUAACAGUCUCCAGGAAGUGUUAUCCCAGUAUCCUGUAUUACUGUAUUACUGUAUACUUUAUUACUUUUUAUCAGUUGUUUUUGUCUUCCAGUUGUAGUUUUCUUCCCCUGAGGCCUCAUCCAGCCUCCACGGCCUCAUUCAGCUUCCACCCCUUCCCUCCCCACCCCCCAAGGUGGGUUCUAAACUUCUUAAUGGGCCACGUUAGCCUCUCAAGACAUCCUAGAGAAUAUAGCUUAUAAUUACGGGGACAUUUCAGUGGUCUUAAAAGCCAGAGAUCCUCGACUUAACAAGAAACUUUCCUUUCCCAAGUUUAUCACCUGUGGCAUUUAUCAUGACGUUAUUCUGCACGGUACCCACAUAGGAGGGAAGAGCUCGAAUCCAACAUGCACAAGGUUGCUGACUUAGGUAUUAAUUGGAAGAAAGAGAGAGGGGCUAUGGGGUGGGGAAACUACCGCCACUACCCCACAAAAAGGUUACAGAGGUACAAGGGGCGUAACCCCACAAUAUAUAUAGAAAAAAAGAGACGAAAAAUGGGGCAGACAGUCCACUCACAACAAAGUGGGUGGAAUGCCUAGCCUCAUUCAAAGUACCUCAUAAUGUAAAUAGUCACAUAGAAGAGGAUAAACAACCUUUAUUAGAAAAAAAUGCUAAAAUGGUAUUUAGUCCAAAUACUAUUACCAUACACUAAAAUAGUGUAUUGAUUAUGUUAACCACCAAAUUUGUAAAAGCCUGGGAGAGGCUAAUCCUGCAAGGUAUGUUUGACUUAAUAAAGGUGUAAAAAUACACCUAAAAUAAUAAAUGGGUAACAAAGCAGGUUAGUCUAAAUCCAUUCUAGGAAAGGACCCAGCUGGGUAAUUGGAUAGAAAAAGGAUAGUCUUAGAGCAGUGUCUGAGAGAAUCUGGAAAGGGCAGGGUUAAUAGCAACUAAUGGGGCGCGCCCAAACUAAUAUUGAGUAGCUUAUACUAAAGAGAAAAGGAGCCAAUACCCCAUAAAGAGAGGAAAGAUAGAAACCCCCUCCCCUUUGAGUCACCCUAAAAAAAACUAACUAUCCUAAGAGAAAAAGCAAAACUAACUGCUGCUUCGUGGCAGCCUAUCCAAAUCCCUAAGUCUGUAUCAGGAGAAAAUAUAGGCACAAACUCAUGCGCUGUGGAAACCCAGGUAAAUGAAAGAUGAGAGUAAAGAAAAUCAAUUGAGUAUAAUAGCAUCAGCUAAGUUAACCACCAAACUUAUAAAAGCCUGGGAGAGGCUAAUCCUGCAAGGUAUGUUUGACUUAAUAGAGGUGUAAAGAUACACCUAAAAUAGUAAAUGGGUAACAAAGCAGGUUAGUCUAAAUCCAUUCUAGGAAAGGACCCAGCUGGGUAAUUGGAUAGAAAAAUGAUAGUCUUAGAGCAGUGUCUGAGAGAAUCUGGAAAGGGCAGGGUUAAUAGCAACUAAUGGGGUGCGCCCAAACUAAUAUCAAGUAGCUUAUAUUAAACAGAAAAGGAGCUAAUACCCCACAAAGAGAGGAAAGAUAGAACCCCCCCCCUCUGAGUCACCCUAAAAAACUAACUAACCUAAAAGAAACGGCAAAACUAACUGCUGCUUCAUGGCAGCCUAUCCAAAUCCCUAAGUCUGUAUCAGGAGAAAAUAUAGGCGCAAACACAUGCGCUGUGGAAACCCAGGUAAAUGAAAGAUGAGAGUAAAGAAAAUCAAUUGAGUAUAAUAGCAUUGGCUAGAAAAUAUCUCGACGCGCGUUUCGGCGUUUUAGAUACGCCUUUGUCAAGAGCUCUUGACAAAGGCGUAUCUAAAACGCCAAAACGCGCAUCGAGAUAUUUUCUAGCCUUUCAUUUACCUGGGUUUCCACAGCGCAUGAGUUUGCGCCUAUAUUUUCUCCUGAUACAGACUUAGGGAUUUGGAUAGGCUGCCACGAAGCAGCAGUUUGUUUUGCUUUUUCUCUUAGGAUAGUUAGUUUUUUUAGGGUGACUCAAAGAGGAGGGGGUUUCUAUCUUUCCUCUCUUUACGGGGUAUUGGCUCCUUUUCACUUUAGUAUAAGCUACUCGAUAUUAGUUUGGGCGCGCCCCAUUAGUUGCUAUUAACCCUGCCCUUUCCAUAUUCUCUCAGACACUGCUCUAAGACUAUCCUUUUUCUAUCCAAUUACCCAGCUGGGUCCUUUCCUAGAAUGGAUUUAGACUAACCUGCUUUGUUACCCAUUUAUUAUUUUAGGUGUAUUUUUACACCUUUAUUAAGUCAAACAUACCUUGCAGCAUUAGCCUCUCCCAGGCUUUUACAAAUUUGGUGGUUAACUUAUAAUCAAUACACUAUUUUAGUGUAUGGUAAUAGUAUUUGGACUAUAUACCAUUUUAGCAUUUUUUUCUAAUAAAGGUUGUUUAGCCUCUUCUAUGUGACUAUUUACAUUAUGAGGUACUUUGAAUGAGGCUAGGCAUUCCACCCACUUUUUUGUGAGUGGACUGUCUGCCCCAUUUUUCGUCUCUUUUUUUUCUAGACUUAGGUAUUAAGUACAGAGGGUCCUCAUUCUAUGACUAUCAUAAGUCAGCGUCGACCAGAGCAGCUACUCAUCUGGCUCAGUUCAACAUAAGAAUUGACUGGUGCCAGAUGGACCCAGAACUGUUUGAACCCAGAACUCCUCCCGUAGUUCCACUUCCACGUGUUUCUCACAGGGGUUUACACGGGCCUCAUCGCCAUCCCCAUAGGUUCACUAAUACGCCUACAAUCUACACAGACGCAGCAGCACACACCGAUUUCGCAGCUAUUUUCGGCAACCACUGGUUAGAGACAACUGGCCCACUGAGACUGAUGCAUUGCUGGCCUUUAGAGAACAUCCACAUUGUUUGAGAUAUACCCAUCGUGGCGCCCGCCCAUACAUGGGGUCAUCUCUGGACUGGCAAGGCAAUUUAUAUGCUACUCAGACAAUUCCGCACCUCGCAAAAUCAUUGACAAGGGGCAGUCAUCCUUGUUAAUUAUGAGGCUGAUUCGCAAACUGACUUGGCUGGCAGCAACCUCUCAGUUCCAUCUAGUCUGCAUACACAUUCUUGAUGUCCAUAACAAAGCUGUUGAUGCUCUUUCACGCUCUCAAUUUCAGGUCUUCUUCCAGGCACUCCCUAUGGCCCAUCACCUACCUUCCAGGAUACCACCUGUCCACGAGCUAAUCCUGGAUUAAACAGGCUAUUACACCACACACCGGCAAUCACGCACCACACACUUUCACCCUACACCACUAUCAUUUACACUAGGGCACUGACUCUACCUGCAGAGUUUUACUUACAAGGAGACUUUUCAUUAAAAUACGGUGGCUUUUGCCUCCUUCUAUCACCUACACCUUACAUUUAUCACACAAUACCAUAAACUUUACCUUACCCUCUUCCCUACAGAGAAUGUUUGGUGCCCAGUUAAAAUACUUACUCAUGUUGUCUCACCACAUGCACUCCCCUGUCUCUCCACUAUUACUACUCCAAGGGCACCCACUCACCACAGCUAAAUUAAUUUCUCACGUCAGAACCCUACUAUUAAGGUUGGGCUAUAACCCGGCUUCCUUCUCUGGUCACUUUCUCGUAUAGGCACAGCUUCUUCAGCUUUAAGCUCUAACACACCAGUCCACAUCAUUAAGAGACUGGGCCACUCUAAAUCCUCAAUUUAUUACUCAUAUUCCUCGACCAGAGAGGGAGCUCCAUCAAGCCUUCAAAAUCUUGCUUGGUAAACUUGCAAUAAAGUGUGUUUACUUUGAAUCCUCGUUUUGCCCUCUUUUUAUUACAGGCCUACUCGUAUGUUGGUUUCGGCACACCUCAACCAACUUUGCAUCUCCUUCUACAUUCCAUUACGUAUUAGAAAUUCCGAGCACAAGUUAAAAGGCCAUUUGGCCUGAAUUUGUGGGAGGAGUUAUGGCCCUAUUUAAACUCCUACCCCCCUACUCACCUUUGACGUUCAAACUGUUUGUCCCCACCCACCUACACCCAUCUACAUAUACAUUUCACCUUUGUGGGCCUUCUUUUUAUUACAAGCCUACUCGUACGUUAUUUUUUUUACACGUACCAGAUGAAUUUGUCCUUUCUUCACUGUAAUAAGGGUAAUGUGGCUGGGGGGAAAUUGCCCAUAAUCCCCUCUUAUCAAAUGUAUUAUCUCCCAUUUAGUUUGAAGCUCCCACUUAAUGCCCUGGGAAUAUGGCCUAAGUCAGAUAUACCCCCUUGAUUUUUACAGGCCACAUCCCAGUGGGGUGCAACCUUUGUUAUUAACUGUUUCCUGGUAUUGAUUACAGUCUCUGGCUGCUAACAGUUCAGUAUACAUGGUGCAGAUGGGGGCAUAAGGCACAUUUACAUCAAAAGGCUUAUUUAUUAUUUUUUCAACUAUUUACAUGGAGGCUGGCUAGCAAGUGAUGCAAGGCCAAAUUGAGGCCUCAGACAUCACAUUGUUGAGCGUCAGACAUCCUGAACAAGAUUCCCAGUUUGUAAAAUUUUGUUCAAGAGACAAUCACACUGUGCAAAAGGCUAAUGAUGAAUCCAUAGAAGCAAUAAGCAGUAUCUUUGUAAAUAAUCGUACACUGAUGGCAUGUAGAAAGAAAUAUAUGUAUUUUAUUUUAGUUUCUAUUUUAAUAUUUUUACUCACUCAAUAAGACUGCAUUACUGAAUAAUCUGUAUAAUGUUAAUUAUAUUUGAUUAAUUUUAGAAUAAAUAAACUUUUCCUCUAACUUACUUUUAAUUUAGUAAAAUAUUUUUCAGCCAGGUUAUAGCAUCUAUUUACCAAAUCUUCAGGUCAAUUCUCAAAGAAUUGCAGCUUAACUCCACAUACAUAAUUUUACCAAAAUAGAAAUGUAAAAAUUAGUGUGAAUACUUAAAAACCAAAGACUUGUGCAUUUUUUAAAAGCAUAUUUGCUUAAUUUUAUAAAUGUAAUUAAAAGUUUUUAAAAAUCAAUUAAAUACUUAGCAAUAAGCAAUUUUCCAUGAAAUAUGUGAUUUGAAAGUUUAAUCCACAUUGACUGUCUAUUGAAGAAAUAAACUUCUCUUCGAGGCAUGAGUUAUUAUUUGAGUAACUAUUUUCCAUCCAGAGAAUGUAGUCUGUAGACCUGGUAAAAAAUGUUUUACCGAUAUUGAAUUCACUUACUGGACAUUACUGAUAGGACACUGGACCACAACUCAUUGACAUAGCUGCUAAUAAAUGUGUUCAAAUGGAAAUUAAACUAUUAAUCUACUUACUGCAUAGAUCAUGAUUAGCAACAUAGUAAAGCACUAAUAGUGUAGUAAAUUAUAGACUAUCUGACAUAAUUGUAUGUUAUUUGGCUGCACUUACCUAUAAUGAGAUUAUUAAAAAAAACUAAAAAAGCUAAAAGUAAAGAUAACACUUUAAGGGUUAUCUCUAUACUUAAAAAUAUAAAUGUGCUAGAAUUAAACAUGUAAUAUCACAAUAAGCAAUGAAAAAAUCAAUUACAUGUAAACCAUAGACUUAUUAAAUAAAGGUAAUUAUAUUCUUUGAUGUUUGCAAUUAAAAUUAAAUAGAAAAGACACUUUAAUAAACAUAUUUAAAUAGAAAAUUUAGAUGUACUGUACAUAAGAGCAUUAUAGAAAUAAUUCACUAAAGAUGGACUAAUAGCUGCCAAUUUUUCUGGCUCCUUUCCUUCAUUAAAAUUUGAUAGGUCAUUGCCUACCCAAUAUGAUUGACUUUCAAGACAGUAGUUGUGCGGCAUUAAUGAUGCUUACAAAAAAUAAAUUUAUCAUAUGCUGUUUUGGAUAAUCGAUUUUACAGGGGAAAGGAUUUAUCAAUGUAAAUAGAUGCCAAUCUGGGAGCCAUAGAGAACAAACACCAUGGAAAACAAUAUAAUCUCUCUCAACAUAUAUCACUGUAAGCCCAGAGUGCCUUCCCUUGAUAAAUCUCCACUUUAGUCUUGAUUUAAUAUUUUAGAUAGGCUUUUCAAAUUAUUUAAUAUUUUUUAUAAACUUUUAAAAUUAUGUAAUAUUUUAAAAAUAUUUAAAAAUUUUAAUAUUUUUUAUAUAUCAAUAUACAUUAUUAUAUAUGAUAUAUGUCUUCAUAAAUAAUAUUAAAAUAUAAUUUUAAAACUUUUUUCAAAAAUAUGAAAUCAUUUAACAAAAAUAUUAAAUUGAGGCUUGUAUUAGUUAUGACAUAUUAUAUAUCCUAUAAACAAUGAAAGAUUAACGGUUAAUUUUGUAGACGAUCUAUAGGACUAUGUAAUUUUAACACUCCAAAAUAUCAUGUACAAUUAAUGAUAAUGAGCACCUCUUAAAGCAACACUAUAGUCACCUAAACAACUUUAGCUUAAUGAAGCAGAUUUUGUGUGUAGAUCAUGCCUCUCAGGUUUCACUGCUCAAUUCACUGCCAUUUAGGAGUUAAAUUACUUUGUGUCUGUUUAUGCAGCCCUUAUCACACCUCUCCUGGCUCUGAUUGACACAGCCUGCAUGAAAAAAAAAACUGGUUUCAUUUUCAUUCAGCUGUAAUUUACCUUAAACAAUUGUAGAUUAUGCUAGCUUUAGUGUACCUAUAAUCUUAAUUGUAUUAAUGACAGGAGGCGAGUAUUUUGCUCAAGUAUUUUGCUCCACAGCAGCACUUUUUAACAUAGUAACAGGAUAACCAAUCAGAAAAAAGUUACAGGAUAUAAAACUCCCUCCCACUGAUGUAACUUCCUCUUUCUGGCUGUGAAACGAACAGGAACAGGAAAACCAUAGGCGAACCAAAUGAGGAUCUCAGCAUACCAGAUGAGAAGAGUUUGAGAGGAACAGGAACUAGGCUUGACCUCUUGAGGGAGCUUUAAACUGAAACGAGAGAGCAGAGUCGAAACAGAGGAUUAAUCCAUGAAUUGGACUUCUAAAAGCAUGCAACCAAACUGUAUUUAAUCCAUAUACUGAAGUAUGCAUGGAACAUCAUCUCUACCCAUUACAGCAUAUCCCCUUGUAAUACACUUAAGUAAGUCAAGACGUACUUACCCUUCUAUCCAAUACACUUCCCUAAGGAGGUGACAAACUGGGGUGGGUGCGGGGGAGAAAAUAAAGGGUGGCAAAAUACUCACCUCCAGUCAUUAAUAAAAUUAAAAUUAUAGGUACACUAAAGCUAGCAUAAUCUACAAUUUUAUAACAUGACAGGAGGCUUCGUAUUUUGCAGUUUUAACGCUCCCCAAGUAAGGCUAAGGAAGUGUGCACAGUUGGAUGAAAAUAGAAAUUGAGAAAAAUCUCUUCCCGGGAUCAAUCUGCCGAUCGAAGAAUGUCCCGUAGAGAAGCUCCAGCACUGAAUGCUCCUGACACCGCCGCUCCUCUGAUGGAGUGGGCUCCGAAGGAGGUUUCUAUCCCUGCCAGUGAAAGUAACCAUCGAAUCCACCGGGCAAGAGUGGUGGUUUAAACUGGGUUAUGUGGGUGAACAUAUGAGAUCAAGAGCUAACUGGAGGAAGAUGAACGGAGGGUGGAGGUGAGCAAUAAAUAACGAGAGAGAACCAAAACCACACACAGUUUAGGAUGGUUAGGGAAAUAAGGAAAGAAUAUAGAGGAGGUGUUCGAUUUAGUACAUCUGGACAGGGCAAAAGAAACACCCUCUGGAGAAAAUGUGAUGGCGUCAUGGUCAAAUGCCUGAAUAUCAGUGGAAAGACACCAAGCAAAGCAGCAGGGUGAACUUCACUGAGAGUUGGCGUAGAGAGAGGUCCUUGUUAUUUGCCCAAGCUUGUAGGAAGCGGAUCAUGACAUUAACGUCCCAGACAGAGGAGUGAGUACUUCGGAACUGGAGGGCGAGCCAGUUUAAUGCCCCGUAAGAGUCUGCAGACCAGCGGAUCCUGGCUUACUGAAGCUCCGUGCAGCGGAACAUGGGCUGCCGAGAUGGCCGAUCGGGCAACAUUAAUGGAUCGGUAGGACCGGCCGAGAUCAAAGAGGUAUGAAAGGAAGUUUAAGAUGUAUUGUCUAGGGGCUGUAAGGGGAUCGGUAUCCUGUCCCAGGCACCAAUUGCACCAAGAGUUCCAGGAGGGUAGGCAACAUCUUCUGGUUCCAGGGGCCCAAGAAUCCCAUAGGAGUUCCUUAGAUCUCUGCGAUAAGUCUCCAAAGUUCCAGGAUUCCCGCAAAGAGUCCAAGCCACUAAGUGGAGGUGGCAUUGUUCUAUCAUCGGAUGAGGGAGCCCCUGAGGGUCCGCCAGGAUAUUGGGUAAGGACGGCAGAAGGAGAGGAUGUCAGCAAGAGAGGUCCAGAAGGUCUGGAAACCAUGCUUGAGAAGCACUAGCAUGACUAGUUGCCUGCAAAUUUGCCGAAGGACUCUCGGAAUCAUCGCAAAUGGAGGAAAAGCGUAGGCCCCCCGUCGGCGGCCAUCUCUGUUGAAAGGCAUCCACUGCCGAGCACUCUGGGUCUGGGAGCCAGCUGAAGAACUGCGGAACUUGAAAGUGCGUCCGUGAGGUGAACAGGUUCAGCACAAACGGGCCCCUGCGUUUUGAGAUGUGAAGGAAAACAGAUCUGUGCAGGUGCCAGUCGCUGAUGUCUCUCCAAUGUUGGGAGAACCAGUCCGCUGUGAUGUUCAUCACUCCCGAAGCGUGAUGUUGACAUUGGAAGCAGAAAUUGUAGAUGUCCUUUGUCACCUCGGAAAGGGUGCAAGACCUGGCCCCGCCCAAUCUGUUGAUGUAUUGGACCGCUGAAAUAUUGUCCAUCCGUAAGAGAAUGCAACAGUCCGAGAGGUGAUUGGCCAGACUGCAGAUUGCAAAAGAGCCUGCGAUCAAUUCCAGACACGUGGAAUGAAUGCUCUGCGGCUGUCCAGGGUCCCCCUGUGGAAGUCGUAUGACAAGUCGCACCCCAACCCUGAAGGCUCGCAUCCGAUUCUACAAUGAAAUCCGUCAUUGGACCGAAAAUUGCCUUGUCGUUCCAAGCCGACAUGUGGAGGAGCCACCAACGUAAUUCCUCCCUCACUUCCGUGGUAAUUGGGACCCUCUGGUCGUAAGACGGAUGGGUUCGGAGGAAGUGAGCCUUCAAGUGUUGCAUAGCCCGAUAGUGUAGAGGUCCCGAAUAGAUUGCAUGGAUGGAAGUGGAGAGGAGGCCCAAAAUCCGAGCUAAACCUUUGAGAGGUAUGUCCUCCCGUCGAAGAGUCUUGGGCAGCUCCUUCCGGAUUGCCGAUAGUUUGGAUUGAGGCAGGCGGAGAACACAGGUUGAAGAAUCGAUUUUGAAGCAGAGGAACUGAAUCACCUGUGAUGGUGAAAGUGCAGACUUCUCAUGGUUGAUAACAAACCCUAAGGAUUCGAGCAAUGAGGAUGUGUAGCUUGUCUAAAAUCGCAGUCUGGAGGCAUCCUCGCAAAAUAGUAAAAGGUCGUCAAGGUAAAUUAGGCAGCGUAUGCCCCUGGCGCGAAGAUGUGCGGUAACCGGCUUGAGCAGUUUGGUGAAGCACCAUGGUGCGGAACUUAUGCCGAAUGGUAGGCAGGUGAAUUGGAAGGUCUGGUGUUUCCAGAGGAAGCGAUGACUGGCCGUGUGUACUUGCACAGAGAGGUAUGCACCCUUGAGGUCGAGUCGGGUGAACCAAUCGCCUGGACGAAGUAUGUCUUGGAUGGAGAUGUAUGCCCUCCAUUUUGAAAUGUCUGUACACCACAAAGGCAUUCAGUUGAUGGAGAUUGAUGACCAGGCAGAGUUCCCCUGACUUCUUCCUGACCAGGAAGAUAAAACUUAGAAAGCCCUUUUGUGAGUAGGGAUUGCAGUUCAGUGUCGAGCAGAGUCCAUUGUGAUUUUGACAUUACAAGGCAAUGGGGGUAACCUGUCUGAAUGCGGGGGGGAAAUAGAACUCUAUGGAGUAACCCUGAACCAUGUCUAGAAUCCAGGUAUCUGAAGACAGAGUCUUCCACAUGUCUAAACAAUGUAACAACCUGCCCGCAUGACAGAAAGUAGAAAGGUAAAAGGUGGGAAAUCUCGGAUAUCUGUGGCGUCCUUGGGCUCGGCUUCCUCUUCCUCUAUCCCGACCUUGGGGUGUAGAAGCCCCUUGUUUUAUAAUUCGGAAAGAAUGAUGAUGUUUGGGAUCAUUGGCGUUGGCCUGCUGACCAGAACCGGCUGGCUGUACGACUCUUUGUACGCCCAGCCCUGCCAAAAAUCCGAGAGGGUUGUUGAUGGAACACUCUUCUCAUGGAUGUCUGCGCCUGGUUCAGUGUGGCGUACAGAUUUACAUGUUUGUGUAAUUGUUUGAUAUAGGGUUCUCCAAACAGAAGACCUUGGGGCCUAAUUAGGCCUUGGGGCCUAAUUCUUUGGAACCCAUAUUGCAGAGUUUGGCAUCCAUGUGCAGCAGCACUGCUUCCCUACGCUCCGUACUGAGAGAUGUGUCUGCAUUGCCCAGCAGGCAUAUGGAGUGUAGCACCCAUUCUCUGAUUACGGAUGGGUCCAAUGGUCCCUCUUGAGAGAGAGCGUCAUCAGCCAAUAAUAAGAUUUUUGCAAGGGGUCCAAGGACAUUCAGCAGCUUGUCUUGGGUGAGACGAAAGCUGCGCUCAAUACCUUUUCUAGGGUCACUGCCAGUCCUGGCCAAGUACAUGUAAAGCAGCAUAUCAAAUUCUGGGGUCAUAGCGACCUUGUCCGGUAGGGUAGGCCUGGGACAUUCUGCUUUUAAACGUUUGUGGACUUCCCGAUCCAGGGGCCUUCUAAUCCAGAAGUGGAUGUACUGGGUGAGAUGGUCUGGAAGAGACCACUCUGAUGAUCGGGGGUAUCUGAUAUCAUGUGGGUCAAACAGUGGUUGACCUAGUUUGUCCAGGAAGGUUUCUGCCAUCCCUGAUGGUGUUGGUCCAGGGACUGUAUCUUCUAGUGUGGGAUCAGUAGUAGUUUCUUGAGGAAAAGGUACUCCUCCGAAGGAUGCCUCAGGCCAGUCUAUAUCAUCGUCCGACGAGUGGCCGGCUUAUAUAUUUAUUUAUACCCGUGGAGAGGUAUGGGGGCACAGACAAAGGGUGCCAAUCAUGGGCUGUAUUAAAUAACAGCAAUCCCAUAUAAUAUUUAGGGAUUUACCCCUUAUAAAUUCACAGUUGAAUGUGAUUAGUAUAAUUAGGCUGAUUAACACAGUAUAUAAUAAGGGGGGGGACACCCCAAUGCAGGUUUUAUAUAAAUUGGGGACACUUCCCAAUAUGAACAGCCUGUUAUUAAUCAUUUAUGAAAUAAUAAUAGUAUAAUGAACACUACCCUGCAGUUCCCUCCGAUCACCACAAGGGGGAGUCUGGAGCAUCCACAAUAGUAUUAGCAACUGUUAUGACACAUCCCCUUCAAAUGAGCAAAGAGUGGAACCCACAGGAAGUGUGGGGUCCACUGGUUGAUGUAAAUAGUGCCCAUAGGCAAACGGGGGAAAUUACAAAUAGGUACACUUUCAUUUGGAGCUGCGAUGUUGCGCGGCACACCAAGAUGGCCGCCACAUGACCAGUAUGUGUGCAGGCCGCCAUGACCUUGCGCUUGCUCACGAGAGGGAAAAAUGGACGCCUGGAUCUCGCGGUAGCGCGCGAGAUCCAAGAUGGCUGCUGAAGGCAGGGCCCAGAAAGCCCGGGAAAGCGGGGCAGAGAUUGCCAGCCGCAACCCGGGUUAAAUGAGGCAAGGAAAGCAAAUAAAACACAGAAAAUUUAUAGAAAAUAUAUAUAAGUAGGAAAAAAGGGGUAAAUAAGAUAUCUAAGCUAGUAGAAAAUAAGAAAUGUAAGCUGAAGAGAAAAAUAAGUAAAAUUACAUGUAAAACAGGUAAACGCCAACAUAAAGAUAGCACAAUGAUAAUAUCAAUAAGAAGUAAGUAAAAGAUUAAAGAAAUACAUAUUUAAACCACAGUAACCCACAGAGAGUAGGAGACAGUGGCACUCUGACCUGUACUGAUGUGGAGCAGCAAAGAAGGAGAAAGUGACAUCAGUGGGAGGGAGUUUUAUAUCCUGUUACUUUUUUCUGAUUGGUUAUCCUGUUACUAUGUUAAAAAGUGCUGAUGUGGAGCUUAAGUAAAGAAAGACUUAAGCAAAAUACGAAGCCUCCUGUCAUGUUAUAAAAUUGUAUCUCUUUCUCUGUAAAUUGAACUUUAAUCAUAUACAGGGGGCUCUUGCAGGGUCUAGAAAGCUAUUAACAUAGCAGGGGAUAAACAAAUCUAAAUUAAACAGAUCUUGCAGUAAAGGAAGGUUAAACUGUAGAUCACUCUUUACUGGAAGUGUUUAGGGAGGCUGUGCAAGUCAAAUGCAGGGAGGUGUGACUAAGGUUCAUAAACCAAGCGAUUUAACUCCUAAAUGGCAGAGAAUUGAGCAGUGAGACUGCAGGGGCAUGAUCUAUACACCAAAACUGCUUAAUUAAGCAAAAGUUGUUUUGGUGACUCUAGUGUCCCUUUAAGUUGCCUAAAUUAGGCUGAGGUGAUUCUAUGUAAAUGCAUAUUUAGAGGCAAGUUUCUCAAUGCAAAACUUUGAUGAAAAGUGCUAAAUGAUGAGAGACAUUCUAGAAUGGCACCUGUUUUGCCUUGAUAAACCUACCACAUUAUGUAUAAAAGAAAAAAAUUACACAAUGAUUUGAGAUAUUUCAAUUUUACUCCUGGAGCCAGUCAACUUUUUGUUUUGCACUCUUUUGUGAUUCUUCUGCUAAAAUUUGUGAUGCACUACAUCUGGACCACCAAGGCUAACAGAUAGCUAAACUAUCAUAGUAUUCAUACUACAGGAAAGAAAAUCAUAUAAAUGAAUGUGUGGAAAAUGUAUGUGAUCAUUAUAGCACAUUGAUUAUCAGCUAAAAUGAACUUACAUAUUAGCUUUAAACAUUCCAAAAUACAUUUUUUCUUCCAUAGGCUUUAUUUGAAGCUGGAGAAAAGAACAAAAAAGCUGAUAGCGUCGUGUUCAUUAAUAUUCUUACUAUUCGCAGUAUUAGACAACUAAGGUCAGGUAAUUAAAAAAUGCUAAGAAAAAUUAAGAUAUCUAAAAAUAAAUAUUCUGAAUUUUAACAUUACUGUCAUUGUUGGGACUUAAAGUUUAUUUAAGAAGGAUUUUACGCAUUUAUAUAUUUUGCUUCUGUGCACAUUUGAUGGCAAAAUUAUUCUCUUCUCAACUCUUUUCUAGAUUUUUGACUGUAGCUGUGGUUUAUUGCAUUUAUUUAUAUAUUCUAUGAAAAAAUAUAGUAUGUAUUAUUAUAUAGUAUAACAAUAGCAUAUAGAUUAUUGCAAUUUUACACAAUCAAACUGUAGGAAAGUCACUAAAAUAGAAAAUUUUGAUACUCAUUUAGGUUUAACUAUAAAGUUGAAAAAAAUCUAUUUACCAUAGAUUUUAGGAGUCAAUUGAAAAAGAACCGCAAUGUGCUGUUUAGUGAAUAAACCACUUAUUUUAUGAGUACCUAUAUUUGAACAAGAUGUAGAAAAAAAAGCAGACAUCACUGUAUGUUCAUAAGCACACAUCACUGUACCUUCUAAUUUCUCUGGUAGUGUAAUACUGGGCUACUCAACAGAACACAACAGAACUGUUACUAAGGUCCACUUUAGUAAAUUUUAACAAAUUAUCCAAUAAAUAUAUGUUUCAAUAUUUGUUUAUGUCAGUACAAUAGAAUAUAUAUUUUAUGAUAGAUUUUUUUACACACAUAAAGCUUAUAUCUUAAUCUGUAUUUGCUAGAUUGUUAGCUCAUGAGCAGAGUCCUCUGUUCCUUUUGUAACAGUAUGUGUUCAUUAUUUGUCUGUAUUCCCCUUAUUAUAAAGUGCUGCAGGAAUAUCUUGUUGCUAUAUAAAUACCAAAUAAUAAUAAUAAUAAAACUAAUAAUAAUCCAAGGCUCCCUUCUGGUUUCUUUUCUAGUGUUUCAAAGGUAUGCAAAAAUUAGCAAGCACGAUAUAACCAAAGUCCUGGAUCUGAAAUUGAAAGGGGAUUUUGAAAGAUGCAUGGUGGCUAUCGGUAUGUAUCAGUUGACUUUUUCUCUAAUGUAUUUAGUAAACUUAAAAAAUAAAUACAAUGAAUAAAUAACAACAAACAAACAGACAUACAAACACAGACAGCAUUCCUACUAGAUAACCAAUCUACAUUUUCGUGUAGUGAAAAUAAGAAUUGCUUAUAUAAGUGAUUAAGGUACAAUUUGAAGCUCUGUUUUACACCUGUUGUAUUUUAUUUGUUACUUCGAGAAAUUAGUGAUCAUGUUACCAUCAUCAGUGUUUCUAUAGUGGUUACCAUAUGGAAACCAGUGAUUAGCUGACAGAUUUAAAGGGACACUAUAGGUCCCAGACCACUUCAUUCCGGGUGCAGUGUCCCUGUUCCUUUAGCUCUGCAAUGUAAAUCAUUGUAGUUUCAAAUAAACCACAAUGCUUAUUUUGCAGGAUUAAGACUACAAUGAUUAUAUUGCAGUGUUAACUUUGUAAAACUGCAGGAAGCACCUCUAGUGGCUGCUUCCUGAAGUUUUACAGUGUUUGACUCAGUGAAAUGAUGCUGGAUGUCCUCACGCUUUGCAUGAGGAUGUCCAGCAUCCUCAAAAUCCCCAUAGGAAAGCACUGAUUAUUUUUUACUAUGGGAAAGGCAUUAUGUGUGCUGAUGUAGAGCCAGCACCAAGGGACAUUUGCACUUCAAUAAGGUGAGUGAAAGAAAUGGUUAUUUAACUUUCAGUGGUGCGGGAGGUUGGGGGCCGUGAGAGAAGCAAGAAAAUACAGUUUUGUAUUCCUUACACUGUAUUUUUCUUUUAGUUAGCACUUUUGUAUGGCUUAUUUUAAUCUACCUUGGAGUGUUCCUAUAAUUCUGUAUUUGUAUGGCAAUGUUACAGUUAGGAUGUCAUGUAGAAUAUUAGCUGUCAGAAUAAGUAAUUUUAUUAGAAUUCGUAUAAUGUAGGAAACUGGAAAACAACACAAUUGUAUCCAAUAUUUUUCUAAGAUGCACAGCACAUUUAAAAAGUGGACUUGUUAACUGUAGCAAAUAACCCUAAACAUGUAUUUCCUUCAAUUGUAGUGAAAUGUGUAACAAACAAGCCAGCAUUCUUUGCUGAAAAGCUGCAUUUGGCAAUGAAGGUAACGUUUUAAAAAUGUAACUAGAUCUAUAUUGAACAGAUGUUACAUGAUUAAUCACAUCUAUGGUGUGAAUAAGUGAUAAAGACCCAUGAUUGUAUUUUUGUUUAAUAUUUUGUUUAAAAAUGAUUUAUAAUAAACAGAAAAAUUAGCAACUGGGCAUUAGAACAGUAAUUGUGUAGCACCAUCCGGAUUAAUGAUAGUAUUUGAUUGAUUGGGUAAGCUACUGGUCUUGGUAAUUUUUUUCCCACUAUAAGCUAACCAUUUUUUUUCACUUUAUCCAUUUUUGUCACUUCUGUUAACCUUCUAUACUCACCACCCACUCCCAAUAUUUUCCCAGUAUCUUAAAUCUCCGAACUCUAUCUCAGUCAUUUCUGCUGCAUAGUCUCCCAUGUCUAAAUUCAUUACUGUAUCCUUUUCCUUUACAGGCAUUGCAUCAUCUGUUUUCUCUAAGCUUAGUAUUUUCUUAAUCCACAUUAUCAUAUCCAUACUCAACACAGUCACUAGUCCAUGCCACCUCUUACCAUAAUGCCCACCCCUCCCAAAGUACUCUCCACUCUGCACCUACAUGUACACCAGUCCAUUAUCCCCACAACAGAGUAACCUUUUCCUGACGGCAAACUUGUUAUAACAGAAACAUCAUCUCUCCAUACAUUGCUGUUCCUUCUCACCUCCCUUCCACGAUCUGCUAACAUAUUAAUCCUCACCAUAAUCACAGAAGAACACCCAUAUUCCUACUUACAACAUAUUGCUUGUCUAUACUUGUAACUGUGCAUCUUUCCUACACUCUGUUAAUAGGUAACUUUUUUACUCAUCUGAAACUAAUAGAUUCAUUACCACACUCCCUCACCUAAUAUUUCAGGAGAUGAACAUGCGGUUAUGCAUAUUGACUGCAAGCUGUUAUGUUUGCAUAGUGUCAGCAUGUUCUUACUGAAAUCUCAUAUGCUUUCAUUCUCAAUGUUCAUCUAUGCCUCUCACCUUCUCUUGAACGUGGCUAAAUUUCUAUAUUUCUAGGUGGUAAGCAAAGAAAAACAGCUAGAGUGGCAAUUUGGGUAUUGUGGGCCCUUUUACGAUGUUUAGGUCCCAAGGCAACUGCCUGUUUUGCCACCUAUUAGAUUUGUCCUUGCAUGUUUUGACAUGCAUUAUAUGAGUACACAUUUGUAGGGCUUUCUCUCUUUUAUAGGCCUCAAUUUAAUAUUUUUGUAUGAGCUUUAUGAAUAAGUUCAUAUUUUUGGAUAAACAUGUAAAAUUAUGUUUUCAAUAUAUAAAGAUAUCAAAAAACAUAUUGUGUGUAUAUAUAUAUAUAUAUAUAAAUCAAUAUAUAUUACAAAUAUCAAAAUAUUAAAAUAUUUUUCAAAAUAUUUAGUAAUUUUAAACGUUUAUACAAAUAUAUGAAAUCAUUUGAAAAACUUAUUUAGAAAUAGUAAAUCAAGGCCAUAGUUAGUAAGGAAACAAUAGAAAUACAGCUGUAUUGUGACUAGAAAAGCUUGCUCUCUUUUAAAGCUGUGGAAGAUAAAGAUUUCCAGGUAAUAGGAACCAUUUCAAGUGUGUACCCUUUCUCUAUGUCAAUUUUCUUUUUCACUUCAAUUUUGAUAACAAUGUCAUUACUUGUCAACGUUAAAACACUUUACAUGUAUAUUGGUCACUACUUUUUAAAUUAAAGGUAUAUUAGAUAAAAAGAAAAAUAUUGAUUGACUGUAAAUAAUAGCACUACUGUUAAUUUAGAAAACAAAUCUGUUACUUUUCAGCCUGAUCUUAUAUGGUUCAAUUUCCUUUGCAGGGCAUUGGGACCCGUAAUCAGACACUCACAAGAGUCAUGGUGUCACGUUCAGAAAUUGACAUAAAAAACAUAAAAGCCGAGUAUGAGACGCUGUAUAAAAAAUCUCUCCGUGAAGCCCUUCUGGUUAGUUUUUAGCUUUACCUGUCACAUUGGUACAGUUUAGCAAGGUAUUCUUUGAAUAUUAG